CGCCUAUUGCGCACCAAAACACAUUCCAAUCACUCCAAAUGGAAAUAGAGGGAAGCAGUCCCGUGGUGGCAAAGAAGCUGUGGAGCAUCAUGCGACUCAUGUUCUUCAUGCUGCGAAAGGGCAUAGCCAAGAGCAAAAUAAUGGCCGACUUCAACCUUCUCCUCAAACGCGGAAAAAAGGCCUUACUCAACAACCACCAUUACUACAUGCCCUUCUUCACCUUCCGCUCCCACGGCAACGCCAACACCUUCAUCUCCCCACGCGACUACGAGUUCAGCUGCAGCAACAGCCCCGCCAUCCCCUUCAAACGCCGCAACAACCGCCCUCUCUCCGCCCCCUCCAUCCCCUUCAACACCAAUUCCCCCUUCCCAGCCUUCCGAAACAGCCCCAUUGGGAAACAACUUCGGGUCACGGAUUCCCCCUUCCCUCUAACGGACCAAGGAGAUACUGAUACCUAUGUCGACGUCGCCGCCGAACAAUUCAUUCAAAACUUCUAUAAAGACCUCUACUUGCAAAGAAAAAUGGCACCUCUUGAGUCUCCCUAUCAUACUUGCUGGAACAGAUGAAAAAACAAUAACUCAUGCACUUUUACGACUUCUAUUUAUAUCCAUGCCAUCAUCUCACAUCAUGCUGGAAGUUUUAUGAUCAGAUCAGAUUGAUCAUUUGCACGCUGACAUCCAUCACUAGUCACGUGACUUUGUUGCUUUCGUUUGAUGUACCCCCUUCUGUUUUUUUUUUGUUUUUUUUUUGGGAUGGGUUCAUGUUCUUGUCUUGGUGCUUAUUUUGUGUUUAUUAUGCUUACACUGUCUUGUUUCGGUUCUCUCUGCAGUCAUUGGGAACUAUGUGUUUUUGUAUUUUUGGGUUUCCGAAUGUUGGUGAUUCUUGGAAAGAAAAAGAGAUGAAAGGAAAACUAAAAAAUAAAUGUGUUUGUUUGUGCCUGUCUUCCUCUAGUGGUUUGGAAUUUCUCCCUUCCCAAUAAAGCAUUGCACCUACUGCGACUUUGCACAAUAAAUUAAAGUGGCAGAUUAAAGCCAGAGCGUUA